AUGGUGGGUUGGAGGAUUAGAGCAAACAUGGAAGAAAUAGACGUUGAAAACCAUUACGCUGGUCAUCCAACUAUCUUCUCCAUCAGAUUAUUCUAUGGUGGAGAGUUUACGAAGUUUCCUGGAAGGAGUUCAAGCAAGAAAGGGAAAGCUGGGAAUAAAGCUAAAAGUGUAGGUGAUGGUAGUUCAAUCAAGAAAGGGAAGGAUGGGAAGAAAGGUCAAAGUGCAGGUGAUGGUAGUUCAAGCAAGAAAGGGAAUGUUGGGAAGAAAGCUCAAAGUGUAGGUGGUGGUAGGCAAAGUGGAACUCAAAGUGCAUGUAAUGGAAUUUCAAGCAGGACAAGGAAGGCUGGGAAGAAAGGGAAGAGUAUUGCUUAA